AUGCGACUGUUAAACAACACGUUUCGAAAUUUCGAUUUAUCCAAAAGAUGGCACAGUGCCAAAUCUUUUGUUGGAAGAGGCACACCAACUAUUGGAAUACGGUAUGUUUAGGGUAUCAUCCUAGGGUGCACAGCUAGCACAAAAAACCUAUGACGUGGCAAUUCUGACAAUUUUGAAACAACAUCUAAAGACUUAAAAAGUGAAAUUUUUUUUAAAGAUUUAAAAAUAAUUUUUCUGAUACUGUAGUCAGAUUUUCGAGAUACUUACCUCUUGUUUUCUCAACUCAAAAAAUUAUUUUUGAAAGUAUUUCUGGAUUACUGUAACGUGUCUAUUUUUUUCUUGCAGCCGUGAAACUGUGAAUGCCUGGGAACGUCGUGCUCCUCUUGCUCCUCUUCAUGUAAAACGUCUCACAAAAUCCGGAAUCAAUGUUCUCAUCCAACCUUCAAAUCGUCGUGCAUAUCCAAUUCAGGAUUAUAUUGCAGCUGGUGCAAUUGUUCGAGAAGAUUUGAGUGAAGCUAGUGUUAUUAUGUCUGUUAAAAGUGUUCCAAUCGAUCAAUUGAUUCCAAAUAAGACUUAUGCAUUUUUCUCGCAUACAAUUAAAGCGCAACAAGAUAAUAUGGCUAUGUUGGAUACGAUUUUGCAAAGGGUAAUAUUAUAGUUAUCUUAUGAAAGUAAAUCAGAGCUGGUCCAAAUUUUAGCUCAUUAAUUAUAAAUUAGUAAAAGUUCGGAGUUCCGAAAUAUCUAGAAAAAAAUCUAAUCAAAAGCAUAUUUUUCAGAAUAUCCGUUUGAUUGAUUACGAAAAAAUAGUGGAUGACAAAGGAAAGCGAAUGGUAAUGUUUGGAAAAUGGGCUGGAAAUGCUGGAUUUAUUGAUAUUUUACACGGAAUUGGACUUCGACUUCUUGCUUUAGGACAUCAUACACCAUUUCUUCAUAUGGGAUUAGCUCAUAAUUAUAAUGAUUCACAUAUGGCAAUUAAUGCAUUGAGAGAUAUUGGAUAUGAAAUUGCAUUGGGAAGAAUGCCAAGAUCUCUUGGACCAUUGAUUUUUGUAUUUACCGGAUCUGGAAAUGUUUCUCAAGGUGCUCAAGAACUUUUCGAACAUCUUCCACAUGAAUAUGUUGAUGUUGCAACUUUGCCAAAAGUUGCGAAAAAAGGAGCAUUGAAUAAGGUUUAUGGUUGUGUUGUAACUCGAAAAGAUCAUUUUGUUCCGAAAAAUGGAGGACCUUUUAAUAAACAAGAAUUCGAACAAUAUCCAGAUCGAUACACUUCGAAAUUCGCUACUGAAAUUGCACCAUACGCAAGUGUUAUUAUUAAUGGAGUUUAUUGGGAUGCACAAAGUCCAAGAUUGAUCACAAUUCCAGAUGCCAAGAAUUUAUUGACUCCUGUUCAAAGAGUGAGUUGGAGUUACAGUAACUUUUGUGUUUAUCUAAUUUUUCUUUACUAACAAUUUUUUCAGCGCAAUAAAAAGAAAAGUAAACAUCCUAACCAAUUUGUAUGUUCUCUCCAAGUGUCACUUUUAUCUCUAUAAUUAAUUUUAUUUCCAGUAUGAUACACCUGGUUGUCCAACUCUUCCACAUCGACUUGUUGCACUUUGUGAUAUUUCAGCUGAUCCAGGAGGUUCAGUUGAAUUCAUGAGAGAAUGCACCACAAUCGAUAAACCUUUCACAAUUUAUGAUGCCGAUUUCAACACAAGUUCGGAUAGUUUCGAUGCGGAAUCUGGUUGCCUCGUUUGUUCAAUCGAUAAUAUGCCAGCUCAAAUGCCAAUUGAAGCCACUGAACAAUUUGGAAAUUUGCUUUAUCCGUGGUUGAUGGAUUUGAUAAAUUGUUCGAAUGAUCAAUCAUUUGAUCGACUUCAAGUUCGAGAUGAAAUUAAACGAGCAAUUAUUACGGAUCAGGGAAAAUUGACCCCAAACUUUGAAUAUAUUCAACAAUUGAGAGCUGAUAAAGCAGCGUGAGUUUAGGGAAUAAAAAGGAGUACUGUAGUUUUAAAUUGGAAAGAGAUUGGCUCAUUCGAUUUGAAAUAUCAAUUUUUGAUUCAAAAAUUUUUCGAAAAUGAUUACUGUCAAAUUUCGAAAAUCUAUGACAAAAACAAAAUAAAAACCAAGGUCACCUAGUUUAAAAAUGAUCCACAUAAAUUCUUGUCAACAAUUAUUAAUUCACGUGGCCCCGCCCUUUUCUCAUUUCAAAUCCAUUUUCAUUAUUAUUUUUCAGCUCUUCAACCCAUAAAUCUCGAGUUAUGGGAACUUCCGAUAAAAAAGUGUUGCUUUUGGGAGCUGGAAUGGUAUCCGGACCAUUUGCUGAUUUCUACUCGAAACAAGAGAAUGUUCAUUUGACUGUUGCUACGGAAUCAGAACGGGAUGGACAAAAACUUUGCAAGUCACCAAAUAUUUCGUCUGUCGUUGUAGAUGUUGCUAGAGAAAAUCACACCAUGGAGAAAUUGAUUAGGUAAAUUUUCGAAAAAAAAAAAACAAAAAAUUUUGACCCAGGCAGGGAUCGAACCUGCAAUCUUCUGAUUAGAAGUCAGACGCCUUAUCCAUUAGGCCACAAGGCCACGAAAGCGCCGACCGCAAAUUUUCAUUUUAUACUCGCUGUUUCUAUCUCUCAAUUUUCUCAUUUACAGGGAACACGACAUUGUUGUAUCUCUGCUGCCAUUCAAUUUCCACCCACUUAUUGCCAAAAUGUGUAUUUCAAAUCAAAGAGAUAUGGUUACAUCAAGCUAUGUGUCACCUGAAUUAGAAGCUUUGGACAAAGCAGCAAAAGAAGCUGAUGUUACAAUUAUGAAUGAAGCCGGUUUAGAUCCAGGAAUUGAUCAUAUGUUGGCAAUGGAAUGUUUCGAUCAAAUCAAAGAUCACGGUGGAAGAGUCACUUCAUUUGUCUCAUUCUGUGGAGGACUUCCAGCCCCAGAAUGGUCUGAUAAUCCACUUCGUUACAAAUUCUCUUGGUCACCAAAAGGUGUUCUCACUGCUUUGAUGAACCCAGCAAAAUAUUUGAAAAAUGGAAAGAUUGUUGAGAUUCCAUCUGGAAGUGUUGUUGAUAAUUUGAUUGAUAUUGAUUUCAUGCCAGGAUUGAAUAUGAUUGGAUUCCCAAAUCGAGAUUCUACAAAAUAUGCUGAUGUUUAUGGAUUAGGAAAUGAUUGUUCGACUAUUUUGAGAGGAACUUUGAGAUACAAAGGAUUUGUUGAAACUGUGAAAGCAUUACAUUCUGUUGGAUUAUUGUCAACUUCUCCAUCAGAUGCAUUCACAUCAAAUAUUGGGCCAGAUCUAACAUGGAAAGAGCUUGUCGCAAUUUCGCAAAAUCAGAAACCAGACAUUUUCACAGAUUCUUUGAAAAGUUUAGUUGAACAAAAAGUUGGUGCAAAUGGAGCAAAUGCUUUGGAAGAACUUGGAUUAUUCUUGGAUAAAACAGUUGAUCGACAUGGAACACCAAUUGAUACAUUGGCACAAUAUUUGGCGAAGAUUUUGGCUUUCAAAGAGAAUGAAAGUGAUUUGGUUGUAUUGAAUCAUGAUAUUGGAGCACAAUUACCUGGUGGAUUGGCUGAGAAACAUCGAAUUAGUUUGGUUCAAUAUGGACAUCCAAAUGGUGGAUUUUCAGCAAUGGCAAGAACUGUUGGAUAUACAACAGCUAUUGUAUCACAAAUGGUUUUAAAUAGUAAGUUUUUUAAAUGUUUCAAAAAUAUUCCAUGUUUUUACCUACUGAAAAUUUUCAGAUGAAAUUCAACGAGCUGGAAUUCAACGACCAAUUCUGAAGGAAGUGUAUCGUCCAGCUUUGAAACGGCUCCGAGAUUUCGGAAUUAUCCCAACACAUACAGUAACCCCGAUGUAG